GAGUCGAUGGGGUUGAAUGGGGAGCGGCAGUGGAGCUGUUAGCGCUCCGCUGCACUUAAGAACCCGGCGAUCCGAGUUCGAUUCCCGCUCACGGCCAACACCGGUGAAGAUUAUCUGAACCGGUCCUGGGCCUCCCCCUAGGUCAACUCAGCCUCAAAGUGAGCACUUGGCGCGGUGCGUAGUAAACAUCGCCCCUGGGGUGACAAAGGGCGGCCACCCGCCCCGUGCCACGUGCCGGCCUUCACAGGUGCCUGCCACUCGCGACGAAGAGACAGCCCUGGCACCAGCAGUCCCGCUCAGGCGGCACGGGACAUCUUUGUCUUCUUUGAGGGGGUUGGGGGGGUUGGGUGCACACGAGGGAGGAGGAGGAGGAAGGGGAGGAGGCUUCCGGGCACGGGCGGCACCCCCCGCUCAGCCCGGGGCCUCUGGGACGAGCAGGAGCCGCGGGAGGCGCAGUGGGGACCGGGCUGAGGGCUGAGCUCGGGGCCCGGGAGGGAGGUGAGAGGCAGCAGCAGCAGCAGCGACAGGACGAGGCUGGAGCUGAGUGAGGGCCAUGUCCCGCCAGCGAUUUGCUGCUGAUGGGGGGCGACAUCAUCAUCAUCAGCAGCAGCACCACGAGGAGGAGGGGAAGGGGGAGCAGCGCGGGCAGCAGGAGGCCGGCCCGGGGCUGCCAAUAAGCCACCAUCGCCCUGCUCGCCUAGUCACGCACGGGGAUCUUAAUCACCACCACCCUCUACAGCAUCAUCAGUACCAUCAGCAACAGCAGCAGCAGCAACAGCAACAACAGCAGAGACGCGGGGCGGUGAACGGGGAGGCGAAGCGGCGCCGCGUCCCGAGUCGGAGAAUCGGGCCCGAUGGUGCCUACAGAGAGCCGCAGGACUGGAUUCUUGAAGAAAAGUCAAAGGAAGAACUCAAGAACAUGGUGAUUGCUCUGCAGGCAGAAAACAGGCAUCUCAAGAACCAGAUUCGCUGCCUUACUGGGCUGGGGAUGCUGGCUGACCGCGUGGAGAGGCUGGUCGGGCAGACGGAUGCACUGCUGCAUUCUGGGACCUGCCGGGAUCCUCCUGUGUCGCCGAGCCACUCCACGGCUUCGGCGCAGAGCACGGAGCUGGCGGGGCACGGCGAGCGGUCGUGGGACGGGCCGUGCUUGAGCGACGCCCUUCACGACGUCGCGGACCAAACUCGGACGGACCUGAACUGCGGCCCCGCGGAAGUGUGGGUGUUGGACACCGAACCUGAGCGUUCGGUGGCGGUGAAGGUGAAGUGCGAAGAGCCAACGGACAAGCGGCCGUGCCCGAGCUCCGCAGCGGAGUGCUCUUGGGGGCAACCGUUGCCUCUGCACGUAGAGAACGUGGAGGGUAAACAAAACUCGCCUGCCGUUUCGUACGGUCACCAGAUGGAGGAGUCCACGAGGACGAACAGAAUGUUUGCAUUGGACAGCGUUGGCACGGCGGCAACUGAAAAGUUUUUGUACCCAAGACAACAGUUUUGCGCGGACGGCCAUGGAAGCCCAGCGGAGCAGCAGAGGCUGCAGGUCAUUGAAGACCAGGAGGUGGCCCUGGAAGAGGAUUGUGCUCGUAUUCAGUUCCUCUCCCGGGAAGAGCAGCAGUUUCAGGAAGAAGAGUCUGAGAUGAAACCACUGCAACCCCACGAUGUCAAACCGAUAAAGACAGAAUUCAUCACGAUGGAGCUGCUGUGGAGGUUUAAGGGCUGCGAGAGCGCCCAGAAGUUCACCAACAAGCUCCUAUCGUCGCUGUACACGCGCGAGUUCAUGGCGUCGCACUCCAUCACGGGCACGGCCUCUAACAAGGAGCCCAGCUUCGUGAAGCCUGCCCUGCCCUCCGCCGAGCUCAUGGAGAUCAUCCGGGUGGUGCUGCACUUCUUCCCAAUGGAGACGGACACUCAGAUCAAGAGCUACAUCCGGCAGAAGCUGCAGAAUGAGAGCAAGGGGCUGAGGAAGCAGAGGAGCAGCGUGGUCCCCUCGGCCGUGCUUGCUGGAGAACCACCACACAUCAAGAUGGAAGCCGGGGACUAGGUCACUGUGUCGCAGCGCAUCACAUUGUGCCAUUGUCGUACGGACAGACUGUAACUUCACAACCUAAGUGCAAUGUCCUGGGCGUACAGGCUUGUUACAGUGCUUUUAACAGUCAUUGCGUACCCACCCAUGGACAUGGUUUGCUUUAUGCGGUGGUCGCCGACACGCUCCAAUUGGAUACACUUGAACUCAUCAGUUUGUUAUUAUUGUAACGCAUCAAUUUGUUAUUAUUGUAACUUCUAGUGCCCGGAGGGGAAACCCCUCCGCACCACGUGACCCCUCCACCACCUCCUGCUACGUGUUUUGAGUUCGCGAGUGGGGGCUCGGCAAAGUGUGUUCUUUUAGCUCUGUAGUAAAACUAAAAAGAUAGCAUCUGCGAGUUGUUUCAAAAGAAGUCUUAUGAUGGGCAACGUGUUCAAGACGCCCUGCAGGUAAUCGUUUGCCGCCAGGACCGCUGAUAAGCAGCACAGCGCUGCAUAUUGAGGCUGAUUUGGCGUGAAAGUGCUGUGCAGCGUUGGCAGCAUUCCUUUCAACAGAAUGUGUUCAAUUCAGCGCCCUGAAUGCACGUGGGUGGGGAAGAAUUUGCUGCCAAAACUCCGUGGGGCAAAAGCGAGCAGAGAAGCGGUGCUGCACGCGGCUCCCGAGGUUGUGGCUGCCCCACAGGUUGUGGCUGCCCCACAGGUUGUGGCUGCCCCACAGGUUGUGGCUGCCCCACAGGGGCAACCGCGCUGAGCCCCCCGCUCAUGGGUGAGUAGCCAGGUGAGGCGGCAGCCCCGAAACGUUCGGCCAUCCUACCAGUGACCCUGAUUUGUUGAUUAUUUUCCAUUAAUCACAAUGGCAUCGGUACCCUGUAUCUCAUCUUCGGGCCCUGAGCACGAAUAGUGGGAACUGCAUUAAGUAUCCUAAUUCGAGCAGAAUUAAGCCAACCGGGGCACCCUUUCCCCGGGAAAUGAUCAAAUUUCUAAUGUAAUCGUCACCACCCACGCUUUCAUCGUAAGUUUCUUCGUGGUUAUACCCAUCAAAAUCAGAAUUCGCCGCGGCGCGACAACCGGUAGCCCCUCUGCUCGUCGGACAGCGGCGUCGGCGGUGUCACGCGCGCCAGGGCACCGAGCAGGGGCUGGGGGAGGGAACCUCUGGAACGCAAGCGGCCUUGGCCGGCCCCCCAAACAGGAGGUGGUGGGGCGGGGAAGCGUUGGCCCCCUGUCGGAGGCUGGAUGGUGGCGCUGGGCGGAGGCCUCGCAAAAGUUGUCGGCCAGGAGGGUGGAGUCGGCACGUGGGGAGGCUCGUGCAGAGACACGCUCACGCAGCACUUCCCCAGCGCAGCACUUGCAAUGGGAUUUUGAGUCCCAUGGAGAGCGAGACUCUGGCCAGAGGGACCCUUUGAGUAUGGAGAGACCCUGUGGGCCCUGUUUAGUGUUUUGGGCAGACCAGUGGGGAGGGUGCGGGGGGGGGGCUCGCGGCUGAGAUUUUGAACCUCCUGUUAAAAGGGCUCAAGGCCAGAGUACGUCUGGCUCCCUCUUGAGUGUGUGGGCAAGGCCCCAGGCACCUCGGGUCCUUCCGCCACACAGGAGGCCAAGACAAGGAAGGUCACGGGCAAGUGGGAUGACUCGGGAGGAUGACCGCCUCCCCUGCAGAAGGGGGUUAAAGAGCCCAGGGAGGAGGAGUGUUCCUCAUCGGAGGAGUUGGGCCCGGAGGGAAAGAGGCAUUUGUAGGCAAUUGCCUCCUGGGAGACCCUCAGCGUGUAAAGGGGAGCCUCCUAGAUGGGCUUGGAAUGAUAGCUUCAGAACCUCGCGAAGGGGAAGAUUACUGAGAAAGAGGGAGGCACCCCCCCCCCCCCACCGUGUUUGCUAAACCUGUGGGGUCUAGAGCUUCCUGGGUACCUGUGGACCAAACUGCGUUGCACCUGCUUAGAGGCACAAGUGGUAGAACCCCACGAAGGGUUGUACGGUGCCUAAGGCAGUGGCUAGACGGUGUGCACGAACAGAGCACCAGGGAGAGGCCUCGGUGGGUCUCCGCCCUCGCGGACGCGGCAGUAACGAGAGGGCUGGUGUCGUGUCAGAGCGCCCGGCCCCGCUCCUCCCGGUGAGCGAGACGGAGUGUUCGAGGAGGGAGUGUGAAAAGGCCGCCCUUGGUGGCUGUGUCCAUGCCAGUCACGGCAGGGGUCUGUGUGGCUGACUGUGGUUAGCUGGCUAAAAACGAAAGUCCUGGCGAAGUUUCCGUCGUGUAGAUCGAAGUGCAGGAGUUCAGCUGUAUUCAGUUGGAGCGUGUCGGUGACCAGCGACGUGAAGCAGGUGUUACGUUAGAACUAAAACACAGUAUUAAGCCAGUAAAAGUUUGACAACCAGUUUUAACUUGCGCGUGUGUAUCUACAUUUAGAAAGACUCGGUGUCCCCUAUCGCGUGCGAUCACGUGUACAAGUCACAUAUUUGCACGUCGAGUGUAAUUUUUACGCGUUAAUUUAUUUAUCGCAGAGGAAGUUAACAUGAAUAACAGCUGGAAACGUUCACUCUCUUCAGACAACAAAACUUGAUUAAAACAUUCAAUUGUUUAUUUAAUACUAGUUAAAAUACGUUAAUUUCUAUGUUUUAAUGGGUCCAAGUUUGGUUUUAGACAGCACUGUUGUGAAACGACGACACUAAACAAUAAAGCUUACCUUAACCAGU